GCCACGGCCGACACGUUGGAAUGCACCACAGGACUCGAACGCUCCAGUUUGGAUCAUACUCUUUUGCUGGUUCGUUGGCUGAGAUUCUUCUAUCUCUAACCCAUGGAGGUUGUGUCUGCAUCCCGACAGACGAGGAGAGGACAAGUAAUCUUGCCUCAGCUAUCUCUAGGAUGGGAAUUACCUGGGCAUUCCUUACUUCAACCGUCCUUGAUCUCCUCAGCCCCAAGGCAGUGCCAUCAUUGAUUACUCUAUGCGUAGGCGGAGAACCAAUACGCAUCUCUCAGAUAGUGCAGUGGGAAGCCUGGGUGUACCUGCGGCAGACAUAUGGAAGUAGCGAGACGUCUGGUUUUGUGUCCUCUAGACGAUUGAAUAGCAUGUCCUCAACUAGAGAUGUAGGCCGAGCCAGCACGGGCAUCUACUGGAUUGUGGACCCAAAUGACCACAGUAAGCUUGCUCCAAUUGGAGCCAUUGGUGAGGUGCUCAUCGAAGGAGCCAUACUUGGCCGGGAAUACAUUGACGAGCCAGAGAAGACGGCCGCUACUUUUAUUAAAGCUCCAGCAUGGAGACGCUCCUUUGCCGAAAAUCUAAGCCAGCCACAUCUCUACAAGACGGGAGACCUGGCGAGAUAUAAGCAAGACGGGUCAAUUGAGCUGCUCGGGCGAAAGGACAACCAAGUAAAGCUGCGUGGGCAGCGCAUUGAGCUGGGGGAGAUAGAGCAUCAAGCCCAGCUUGCAAGCACAUAUGCGAAGCAGAUCGCGGUCGAGCUUAUCCGGCCUAAAGGUGAAGAUGGUAUGCUGGCCUGUUUCAUCGUAGUCGACGAUAGUAAAAAUCCCCCGGCGCACGAUGAUGAAGAACGCGCUACGCGGCGAACGCAUACACAGGACAUCAUACAGGCAAUACAGGCCAGGCUAGAGCAGUGGCUACCACAGUACAUGGUACCAUCUGUGUUCAUUCCUGUAGCAAACUUGCCGGCGACCUCAUCAAGAAAGAUUGACAGAAAGCGAUUGCGAGAGAUUGGAGCCUCGUUCUCAUCCCAACAAUUGGCGGAGAUGCGGCUAUUUAGCCAAGGGCCGAAGCGGCUGCCAUCGACGCAGACGGAGCAGAUGGUACAGCAGCUGUGGGGGCAGGCACUGCAGAUCGAGCCCCAGAGUAUUAGUCUGGACGACAGCUUCUUCCGCCUCGGCGGCGAUUCGAUCAUGGCAAUGAAGCUAGUCGGUGAAGCUCGCAGGAUAGGAAUGCACCUAAGCGUGGCUGACAUCUUCCGCCACCCGCAGCUGGACCAAUUAGCCUCUGCAGUCAUUGUAUCAACACAUAACUCCCUUACCGCUAUCCCGCACGUUGACCAUGUUGGUCCUGUCAAGCAAUCGUUCGCCCAAGGCAGGUUGUGGUUCUUGGAAGAACUACACCCUGGCCUGACUUGGUAUCUCAUGCCACUUGCCGUGCGUUUCAAGGGCCCCCUUAAUCUUGUAGCACUGAACGCCGCUUUCCAUGCAAUCGAAAGCCGCCAUGAAACCCUACGAACAACAUUCGCUACUGAUAGGGGUGUCAGUGUGCAGAUUGUGCAACCCUUCCGCGCUAAAGAGCUCAAUAUCAUCAACAUUCUCCCAGACAAUGAACAGGGUCUUAUAGAUGCCGUGCAACAGGACCAGACGACUCCCUUUGACCUACGCACUGAGCCUGGAUGGAGAGUAUCGGUCUACCGGGUCAACGAACAUGAUCACGCACUAUCCAUUGUCAUGCACCACAUAGUGUCCGACGGCUGGUCUGUCGAUGUCCUUAUGCGCGAACUGGCUGCGUUCUACUCCGCCGCGUUGCGCAGCCAGGACCCUCUAUCCCAGGUUCAACCUCUUCCCAUCCAGUACCGCGACUUCUCUGUGUGGCAGAGAAAACAAGUCCAGGUCGACGAGCAUCAGAGACAGCUCAGCCACUGGCUUACGCAACUAAAGGGAAGCCGACCGGCAGAGCUGCUGUGCGAUAAGCCUAGACCCGCAACUCUCUCUGGCAAGGCCGAUAGUCGAACACUAGAGAUCAGCGGCCGGCUGUAUGCGGAGCUACAAGAUUUCUGCAACGCGCACGAAGUGACGCUGUUUGUGGCUCUGCUCGCUGCCUUUAGAGCUACGCACUUCCGCCUUACAGGCCAGGACGAUGCUACCAUUGGCACUGCAAAUGCGAAUCGGGACUGGUGGGAGGUUAAAGAUAUUAUUGGAUUCUUUGUUAACAUGCAGUGCCUUCGGAUCACAAUUAACGACGAGAGUUUUGAAGAACUAGUUCAACAGGUCCACGGGGUAGCAGUUGCGUCGCUUGCUAACCAGGACGUGCCGUUCGAGACCAUUGUCUCGCAGCUUAAGCAGGACAGAGACCUGUCUCGUCAUCCACUUGUACAACUUGUCUUUGCGGUGCACUCUCAGCAAAACCUGGGACAACUGGUUCUAGAAGGCGUGGAAACAGAGGGUAUACAUGGCGCAGCAACCUCAAGGUUCGACCUUGAGUUCCAUUUCUAUCCUCAGACAAAUGGCCUCCAGGGUAAUGUUGUCUUCUCAACAGACCUCUAUGCGCCCGAGACAAUUGAAAAUAUGCUGUCGCUUUUCCACAACGUCCUUGAAGGGUGCCUAAAGGACCCAAAGGCGGUGGUUGCAUCCUUGCCGUUAUUAACUAACAACAACUUCGCGAAGCUCGAAGCGAUGAGGCUAGUUCAGGUCGAGCAGACCAACUACCCGCGCGAGUCAAGUGUUGUCGACCUCUUCCGUCAGCAAGCCUCUACUCAUCCGUCCAGGGUCGCCGUUAUAGACGCUUCAGCGGAGAUGGGCUAUGCUGAGCUGGACAGGGCUUCAGAUCUUCUUGCUCGGUGGCUGGUACGUCGCUCUAUCCCGCCUGAGAGUCUGGUCGGCGUGCUCGCAAGUCGAAGUUGUCAGGCCAUCGUUGCGUUGCUGGGCAUUCUAAAGGCCAACCUGGCGUACCUACCGUUCGAUGUUAAAAUACCAGGGAAGCGUAUGGAAGCUAUCCUUUCCUCCCUUUCAAGCCAGACGAUCAUCUUGCUUGGAUCUGACGUGCAGCCUCCGAUGGCCAAGCAGAGCAACGUCGAUUUCGUCCUCAUUACCGAAAUCCUGAAUGAGCAGGCGAAGGAUGAGUCUGCGGGGUGGAAAUCUGGUACAGCGGUCGGGCCGUCAGCUACCAACCUUGCAUAUGUCAUGUUUACCUCAGGAUCCACAGGCCAGCCCAAGGGGGUCAUGGUAGAGCAUCGCGGCAUUGUGCGCCUGGUUAGAGAUAACAACCUCGUCCAGCAUCUGCCAGCAUCGCGAGUCAUGGCGCACAUGGCUAACCUUGCCUUUGACGGUUCCACGUGGGAGAUAUACGCCUGUCUCUUGAACGGCGGAACGCUCGUCUGCAUUGACGCAAUGGCGGUGUUGGACCCGGAAGCUUUAGGACGAACGUUUCGUCAGCACCAUGUCCAAACAGCCUUCAUGACCACAACACUGUUCAGAAGUCAUGCUCUAGGGUCUCCUGCUGUACUUAAUACGCUUGCCAUGAUUUGUGUGGGAGGGGAGCCCCUGCACCAAAAAGACUUUGUCGCGAUACAGAGCUUAGUGAGCAGCAAGAUCAUUAAUGGAUACGGCCCCACUGAGAACACAACCUUUAGCACGUCCUUCAUCCUCCAAAAGGAAGAGCACUUGCCCAAUGGUGUGCCUAUUGGCCGCGCGCUGAGUAACUCGGGUGCCCACGUCAUGGAUCCAGAGCUGCGACUGGUACCACUUGGAGUCAUUGGAGAGCUCGUGGUUACGGGUGACGGUCUGGCACGAGGUUACACUGACCCUCAGCGAGACAUCAAUAGGUUUGUUUCCGUCACUGUUGCUGGCCAGACGGUGAGGGCCUAUCGCACAGGUGAUUAUGUCCGCCAUCGCCCUACAGACGGGCUGCUAGAGUUCUUCUGCCGGAUGGAUGGCCAGAUCAAGGUUCGGGGAAACCGUGUCGAGCUGGGAGAGAUCGAGAAUGUUCUCCGCAGCCACGGCUCUGUGAGCGAUGCAGUGACUGUGCUGCAACAGCACGAUGAUGACGAGGUCCAGCUCACAGGCUUUGUCACCAUCCAUGAAGGCGAUGGGCUGGCCGAUGAGCAGGCUGGCGCUGGCCCCGAAUCACAGCACGUCGACACAUGGGAGGAGCAGUUCGAUGCCGAGAUCUACUCUCCAAUUCACAACGUUCGACCGGAGACCAUUGGACGCGACUUCAUCGGAUGGACGUCUAUGUAUGACGGCACGGAUAUAGACAAAGCGGAGAUGAACGAGUGGCUAGACGACACCAUCGCCACGUUGCUCAACGGUCGGGAACCUGGGCAUGUUCUAGAGAUUGGAUCAGGCACCGGUAUGGUCCUCUUCAACUUGGGCAAGGGCCUGCAGAGCUAUGUCGGUCUUGAGCCAUCUCAAAAGGCUGUCGACUUCAUCAUGGCAACUGCUAAGUCUAUGCCUGCACUGGCAGGUAAGGUGCAAAUGUAUAAAGCCACAGCAGCAGACGUUGGCCAGCUGGAACGGCCAAUUACUGCCAACCUUGUGGUCAUGAACUCAGUUGUGCAAUACUUCCCCAGCCAGGACUAUCUUUUUAAGCUCAUCCAGGACCUGCUUGCCCUUGAAGGCGUGCGUACCCUCUUCUUUGGCGACAUCCGGUCGUAUGCGCUGUACCGCGAGUUCCUAGCUACUCGAGCGCUACGUAUGGCCGGGAACAAGGUCGCAAAGGCUGAUAUUCUACGCAUGAUGGCCGAUAUGGAGCGAGUCGAGCGGGAGCUGCUGGUUGACCCAGCGUUUUUCACCGCCCUGCCAAGUCGCUUGCCAGGGCUAGUCGAGCAUGUCGAGAUCCUGCCCAAGAAGAUGAAAGCGACCAACGAGCUUAGCUGCUAUCGAUACGCAGUCGUGGUCCACGUCAGGACUGGAGGCCAGCCAGAGCAUGAUAUUCAUCACAUUGAACAAAACAGAUGGAUUAACUUUGCGGAGCGCAAACUGGGUCGCCAGUCUCUUGUAGAGCAGCUGCAUAGCUCCUCCACCUCACCUCUAAUCGCGGUGAGCAAUAUUCCUCACAGCAAAACCAGUAUAAGCCGCUGCCUUGUCGCCUUGCUGGACGAUACGACAUCAGAGACAACAGCUCAGCAGGACUGGCUUUCCUCUGUGUACAAGGAAGCGAAGCAUGUCCCCGCCCUUUCUGCCACUGACUUGGUUGACCUUGCCGAAGAAGCUGGCUACCAGGUCGAGAUCAGCUGGAGCAGGCAGCACUCCCGGAAUGGUAGUCUGGACGCCGUCUUCCACCGGUAUCAGCCGCAGCAUGGAGGGAAGCGGGUGAUGUUCCGGUUCCCUAGAGAUGACGUGGGUCGACCGCUGCAGAGUCUUAGCAGCAGGCCAUUACGGCAUCAAUUCCUGAAGAAAACCCAACAGCAGUUGCAGGAGAUGCUUGAGGCGCAGCUGCCUACUUACAUGGUUCCUCAGAGCAUUACUGUCCUGAAGGCAAUGCCGAUCAACCAGAACGGCAAGGUCGACCGCAAGACGCUCGCGCAACGACGAGAAAACAGAACAUCCCAUCAAGGGCCCUUACAGCAACCGACUUUAGAAGUAGAAAAGAAGAUGCAGCAGCUGUGGGCGCGUGCGUUGCACAUCGACCCCCAGAGUAUUGGCCUGGUCGACAGCUUCUUCCGCCUCGGCGGCGACUCAAUCAUGGCCAUGAAGCUAGUCGGCGAAGCUCGCAGGAUAGGAAUACACCUGAGCGUAGCUGACAUAUUCCGCCACCCGCAGCUGGACCAAUUAUCCUCUGCAGUCAUUGCAUCAACACAUAACCCCCUUACCGCUAUCCCGCACAUUGAUCAUGCUGGUCCUGUCGAUCAAUCGUUCGCCCAACGCAGGUUGUGGUUCCUAGAAGAACUGCACUCUGGUCUUACCUGGUAUCUCAUGCCACUUGCCGUGCGUCUCAAGGGCCCACUUAAGCUGGAAGCGCUCAACACCGCUAUUCAUGCAAUCGAAACCCGCCAUGAAACCCUACGCACAACAUUCGCUACUGAUGGCGGCGCCAGUGUGCAGAUUGUGCAACCCUUUUGCGCCAAAGAGCUCAGCGUCAUUGAAAUUCUCCCAGGUGAUGAACAGGGUCUUGCGGAUGCCGUACAACAGGACCAGACAACUUCCUUUGACCUAUGCACUGAGCCUGGAUGGAGAGUAUCAAUCUACCGGGUCAACAAAAAUGAUCAUUUGCUGUCGAUUGUCAUGCAUCACAUCGUGUCCGACGGCUGGUCUGUCGAUGUGCUCAUGCGCGAACUGGCUGUGUUCUACUCCGCCGCGUUGCGCAGCCAGGACCCUCUAUCCCAGGUUCAACCUCUUCCCAUCCAGUACCGCGACUUCUCUGUGUGGCAGAGACAACAAGCACAGGCUGAUGAGCAUCAGAAACAGCUCAGCUAUUGGCUGGCGCAACUCCAGGGAAGCCGACCAGCAGAGCUGAUGUGCGAUAAGCCUAGACCCGCGACUCUCUCUGGCAAGGCCGAUAUUCGAACACUAGAUAUCAGCGGCCGGCUGUAUGCAGAGCUGCAAGAUUUCUGCAACGCGCACGAAGUGACGCUGUUUGUGGCUCUGCUCGCUGCCUUUAGAGCUACGCACUUCCGCCUUACAGGCCAGGAUGAUGCUACCAUUGGCACUGCAAAUGCUAACCGGGACCGGUGGGAGGUUAAAGAUAUUAUUGGGUUCUUUGUUAACAUGCAGUGCCUUCGGAUCACCAUUAAUGACGAGAGUUUUGAAGAACUAGUUCAACAGGUCCACAGGGUAACAGUUGCGUCGCUUGCUAACCAGGACGUGCCGUUUGAGAGCAUUGUCUCUCAGCUUAAGCAGGACAGAGACCUGUCUCGUCAUCCACUUGUACAACUUGUCUUUGCGGUGCACUCUCAGCAAAACCUGGGACAACUGGUACUGGAAGGCGUGGAAACAGAGGGUAUACAUGGGGCAGCGACGUCAAGGUUUGACCUUGAGUUUCACUUCUUCCAAGAGCCUAAUGGCCUACACGGCAAUGUCUUCUUCUCAACGGACCUUUAUGACCCCAAGACAAUCGCCAACAUGUUGUCGCUUUUCCACAGCACCCUCCAAGGGUGCCUAAGAGAUCCACAGGCGGUCGUUGCGUCCUUGCCGUUAUUGACUAACAGCGACUUCGCUAAGCUCGAUGCAAUGGGGCUAGUUCGGGUCGAGCAGACCAACUACCCGCGCGAGUCGAGCGUUGUGAACCUCUUCUGCCAGCAAGUAUCUACUCAUCCAUCUAGGGUCGCUGUCACAGACGCUUCAGCGGAAAUGAGCUACGCUGAGCUGGACAGGGCAUCGGGUCUUCUUGCUCGGUGGCUGGUACGUCGCUCGUUACCGCCUGAGAGUCUGGUCGGAAUGCUUGCGAAUCGAAGCUGCGAGGCUAUCGUUGCGUUCUUGGGAAUUCUGAAGGCCAACCUGGCGUACCUACCAUUUGAUGUUAAAACACCAGGAAAGCGAAUGGAAGCUGUCCUUUCCUCCUUUCCAGGCCAGAGGGUCAUCUUGCUUGGAUCUGACGUGCAGCCUCCAGAAGUCAAGUUGAGUAACGUCGAGUUCGUCCGCAUUACCGAAGUCCUGAACGAGCAGGCUAACGAUGAGUCUGCGGGGUGUAAAUCUGAUACAGCGGUCGGGCCAUCAGCUACCAGCCUUGCAUAUGUCAUGUUUACCUCGGGAUCGACGGGACAGCCUAAGGGGGUCAUGGUAGAGCAUCGCGGCAUUGUGCGUCUGGUUAGAGAUAACAACCUCGUGCAGCAUCUGCCAGCAUCGCGAGUCAUGGCACACAUGACGAAUCUUGCUUUCGACGUCUCGACAUGGGAGAUCUAUGCCUGUCUCUUGAACGGCGGAACGCUCGUCUGCAUUGACGCAAUGGCAGUGCUUGACCCACAGGUCAUGGUUCAGAUAUUCACUCAACGCGCUAUUCGGAUGGCUGUGUUUACACCAUCUUUGUUUAGACAGUUGACUCUAGAGUCUUCUGCGAUAUUCACUGCGCUCGAAAUGCUUUGUGUGGGCGGUGAAGCAAUGUACCCACAGGACUAUUUUGCAGCAGAAAGUAUCCUCACUGGUAAGAUUAUUAACUGCUAUGGGCCGACAGAGAAUACAGGGAUCAGCGCGACCUUUGUCCUGCACAAGAAGGAACAGUUCACUAACGGCGUGCCUAUUGGUCGCGCGCUGAGCAAUUCGGGCGCCUAUGUCAUGGAUCCGAAGCUACAACUCGUGCCACUCGGAGUCAUUGGAGAGCUCGUUGUCACUGGUGACGGUCUGGCACGAGGAUACACUGAUCCCCAGCGAGACAUCGAUAGGUUUGUUACCGUCACAAUCGCUGGCCAGACAGUGAGGGCCUAUCGAACAGGUGAUUACGUCCGCCAUCGCCCUACAGACGGUCUUCUGGAGUUCUUCGGCCGGAUAGACGGACAAAUCAAGAUCCGGGGACAUCGUGUUGAGCUGGGGGAAAUUGAGCACGUCCUUCGCAGCCACGGCUCUGUAAGCGAUGCAGUGGCUGUGCUGCAACAGUAUGUUGAUGAUGAGGUCCGGCUCACAGGCUUUGUCACUAUCCAUGAACGCGAUGCGUUGGUAGAUGAGCAGGGCAGUUCUAGCCCCGAAUCACAGCACGUUGACGCAUGGGAGGAGCAGUUCGAUGCCGAGAUCUACUCUCCAAUCGGCAACGUUCGACCGGAGACCAUUGGACGCGACUUCAUCGGAUGGACGUCUAUGUAUGACGGCACGGAUAUAGACAAAGCGGAGAUGAACGAGUGGCUAGACGACACCAUCGCCAUGCUGCUCAACGGUCGGGAACCUGGGCAUGUUCUAGAGAUUGGAUCAGGCACCGGUAUGGUCCUCUUCAACUUGGGCAAGGGCCUGCAGAGCUAUGUCGGUCUUGAGCCAUCUCAAAAGGCUGUCGACUUCAUCAUGGCAACUGCUAAGUCUAUUCCUGCACUGGCAGGAAGGGUACACAUGUAUAAAGCCACAGCAGCGGAUGUUAGCCAGCUAGAACGGCCAAUUAUUGCCAGCCUUGUGGUCCUAAACUCAGUUGUGCAAUACUUCCCCAGCCAGGAUUAUCUUUUUAAGCUCAUCCAGGACCUGCUUGCGCUUGAAGGCGUGCGUACCCUCUUCUUUGGCGACAUCCGGUCGUAUGCACUGUACCGCGAGUUCCUAGCUACCCGAGCGCUACGCAUGGCUGGCGACAAGGUCGCAAAGGGCGAUAUUCUACGCAUGAUGGCCGAUAUGGAGCGAGUCGAGCGGGAGCUGCUGGUUGACCCAGCGUUUUUCACCGCCCUGCCAAGUCGCUUGCCAGGGCUAGUCGAGCAUGUCGAGAUCCUGCCCAAGAAGAUGAAAGCGACCAACGAGCUUAGCUGCUAUCGAUACGCAGUCGUGGUCCACGCCAGGACCCGAGGCCAGCCAGACCAUUAUAUUCAUCAAAUUGAACAAGACAGAUGGAUUAACUUUGCGGAGCGUAAAUUAGAUCCCAAGUCUCUUCUAGAGCAGCUGCACAGUUCUUCCCUCUCACCUCUGAUGGCGGUGAGCAAUAUCCCUCACAGCAAGACCAUUUUAAGCCGCUGCCUUGUCGCCUCGCUGGACGAUGCGGCAUCAGAGACAACAGCUCAGCAGGACUGGCUUUCCUCUGUGUACAAGGAAGCGAAGCAUGUCCCCGCCCUUUCUGCCACUGACUUGGUUGACCUUGCCGAAGAAGCUGGCUACCAGGUUGAGAUCAGCUGGAGCAGGCAGUACUCGUGGAAAGGUGGUCUUGACGCCGUCUUCCACCGGUAUCAGCCGCAAAAUGGGGGGAAGCGGGUGAUGUUCCGGUUCCCUAGCGAUGAAGUGGAUCGACCGCUGCAUAGUCUUAGCAGCAGACCAUUACGGCAUCAAUUCCUGCAGAAAACCCAACAGCAGUUACACGAAAUGCUUGAGGCGCAGCUGCCUACUUACAUGGUUCCUCAGAGCAUUACUGUCCUGGAGGCAAUGCCGAUCAACCAGAACGGCAAGGUCGACCGCAAGAUGCUCGCGCAACAACGACAAAAAGUAACAUUUAAUCAAGGAAUCAUGCCGCUGCAGAAACUAUCGACGGCACAAACCAGAAUGCAGCAACUAUGGGCUCACGGGCUGGGCAUUGAGCCGGAGAGAAUUGGCCUGAACGACAGCUUCUUCCGCCUCGGCGGUGACUCUAUCGCGGCUAUGAAGCUGGUCGGUGAAGCUCGCAAGAUGGGAAUGCGCCUAAGCGUGGCAGACAUCUUCCGCAAUCCUACACUCACUGACCUGGCUGGCUUAGACUACAGCCAUAGCGGCACCUCUACCGAAGACAUUCUUCCCUUUUCUCUGCUAGGCGAAGAGGUGGACGUAGCCGCCGCCCGCGAGGAAGCGGCCGUCACCUGCGGUGUUGAUACCAGUCUCGUCGAGGACUUAUACCCAUGCUCGCCGUUGCAGGAAGGGCUGGUAUCGCUGACGUCCAAGCGAGCCGGAGACUACAUCAUGCAGGGUGUGCUGGAGCUACGGGCUGAGAUAGACGAAGAGGCUUUCCGAGCUGCCUGGGAGAACGUCUUCCGCUCAAUGGCAGUGUUGCGUACGCGGAUCGUGCAGAACAGCAAUCUUGGCUUGCUUCAGGCCGUGAUAGCAGAGGACAUCCCGUGGCUUGAGGCAGAAGGACUAGAGGAGUACCUUGAGAAGGACAAGUCAGUGUCCAUGGGGCUCGGUGAUCCCUUGACACGCUACGCCAUUAUAACGGAAGCAAAAGAAGCGAAGCGCUGGGUGGUGUGGACAGUUCACCACGCAUUGUACGACGGCUGGUCGCUCCCUCACAUCAUAGAUGUGGUAACUAAGGCGUACACCGAGGGCGUGGUAGAACAGCGGCCUGGUUUUCACGCCUUCAUCAAAUAUCUCAACCAGCACGACGAGGAGGUCACGGCGAUGUAUUGGAAGAACGCUCUCUAUGACUGCCAGGCAACACUAUUCCCGCCCCUGCCGUCAGCAGUGCAGCAGCCUGUUGCGGAUGCAAUGAUAGACUAUCAAUGCCCUCCGCUUCCCAAAGCACCCUCUGACACGACAACAUCGGCGCUUGUCCGCGCCGCCUGGGCCAUCAUCACCAGUCGAUAUACAAACUCAGAUGAUGUGGUGUUCGGCACUACAGUCACAGGACGGAAUGCUCCUGUUGCUGGCAUUGAAGCCAUAAUUGGGCCUACUAUCGCAACUGUGCCAGUGCGGGUGCGAGUGGCAGGCGAUCAGACUAUAUCUGCCUUCCUCCAUAGAUUGCAGCAGCAAGCGACGGACAUGAUUCCGUACGAGCAGACUGGACUGCAACGGAUUGCCAAGAUAUCGGCAGGCGCGCGGCUUGCCUGCGGCUUCCAGACUCUUCUGGUUGUGCAGCCUACAAGCGACGCCCCUGGAAACAAUCGGGUGCUAGGAGAGUGGCGUGGCCGCUCCGAGCUGCAAGACUUCUCGACUUACGGGCUGAUGCUGCAGUGCACACUGUCUGCAGACGGGAUAUGCAUCACAGCAAGCUUCGACAGGCAGGUGAUAGAGGAGUGGCUGGUUAAGAAGAUAUUGAGCCAGUUCAGCUUCAUCAUGCAACAGUUGGCCAGAGCACAACCAGAUGAGAAAGUGGCUGAUAUGGACCCACUCACGCCUGAGGAGAGAACAGAGUUGUGGGCGUGGAACCGCGAAAUGCCGGCGGCGGUUGAACGGUGCAUUCACGACCUGUUCGCAGAGCAGGUCCGGGAACAGCCCGAUGCGCCCGCCAUUUGCUCAUGGGACGGCGAGAUGACAUACGGCGAGCUGGAUGCGCUGUCCACUAGACUUGCAAGCCACCUCGUUGGGCUGGGUGUCAAGCCAGAAGACAUUGUGCCACUGUGCUUUGAGAAGUCCAUGUGGACCGUGGUCGCAAUGUUGGCGGUGCUCAAGGCGGGCGGAGCAUUUCUCCUUCUUGACUUAUCUUUGCCCCACGAACGUCUGAAGGUGAUGUGUAGUAGAGUGUAUAGUACGCUUGCCCUGGCAUCUGCAGCAGCGGUACCGGUUGUAGAAAGUUUGGUUAGAGCUGUCAUGAUUGUCAACGAAAACUCAAUAGUGCAUGUCGCUCAACACGCUUCUCGGACCGCCGUAGUGCAGCCUACAGAUACGGCCUAUGUUAUCUUCACCUCUGGAAGCACUGGAGAACCAAAGGGAUGCAGAAUUGAGCAUCGGUCAGCUUGCUCCGCUGUGGUAGGCCACGGCCGACACGUUGGAAUGCACCACAGGACUCGAACGCUCCAGUUUGGAUCAUACUCUUUUGCUGGUUCGUUGGCUGAGAUUCUUCUAUCUCUAACCCAUGGAGGCUGUGUCUGCAUCCCGACAGACGAGGAGAGGACAAGUAAUCUAGCCUCAGCUAUCUCUAGGAUGGGAAUUAACUGGGCAUUCCUUACUUCAACUGUCCUUGAUCUCCUCAGUCCUAAGGCAGUACCAUCAUUGACUACUGUAUGCGUAGGCGGAGAACCAAUACGCAUCUCUCAGAUAGCGCAGUGGGAAGCCUGGGUGUACCUGCGGCAAACAUAUGGAAGUAGCGAGACGUCUGGUUUUGUCUCGUCCAUGAGACUGAAUAGUACAUCCUCAACUAAAGAUGUAGGCCGAGCAACCACAGGCGUCUACUGGAUUGUGGAUCCGAAUGACCACAGCAAGCUUGCUCCAAUCGGAGCCAUUGGCGAGGUGCUCAUCGAAGGGGCUGUACUUGGCCGAGAGUACAUUAACGAGCCUGACAAGACAGCCGCUACUUUUAUUAAAGCUCCAGCGUGGAGGGGCUCCUUUCCAGCAAAUGUAAGCCCACUACGUCUCUACAAGACCGGAGACCUGGCGAGAUACAAGCACGACGGGUCAAUUGAGCUGCUUGGGCGAAAGGACAACCAAGUAAAGCUGCGUGGGCAGCGCAUUGAGCUGGGGGAGAUAGAGCAUCAAGCCCAGCUUGCAAGCACAGAUGUGAAGCAGAUUGCGGUUGAGCUUAUUCACCCUCAGGAGGAAGAAGGUGGUAUUUUGGCCUGUUUCAUCGUAGUCGACAGUAGGACAGAUCCCCCGGCGCACGAGGACGAGGAACAUGCUACACCGCGGCCGUAUACACAGAACGUCAUACAGGCAAUACAGGCCAGGCUAGAGCAAUGGCUCCCACAGUACAUGGUACCCUCCGUGUUCAUUCCAGUACCAAGUUUGCCAGCUACCUCAUCAAGAAAGAUUGACAGGAAGCGAUUGCGAGAAAUUGGGGCCUUGUUUUCGGCCCAACAACUAGUGGAGAUGCGGGCAUUAAGCCAAGGGCCGAAGCGGCUACCAUCCACGCAGACAGAGCAGACCAUGCAGCAGCUGUGGGGGCAAGCGCUGCACAUAGAGCCCCAAAGUAUUGGGCUGGACGAUAGCUUCUUCCGCCUCGGCGGCGAUUCGAUCGCGGCCAUGAAGCUAGUUGGUGAAGCUCGCAGGAUAGGAAUGCACUUAAGUGUAGCUGACAUCUUCCGUAAUCCGCGGCUGGAUCAGUUAGCCUCUGCAGCCACUGCUUCAACACACAACUCCCAUACCGCAAUUCCGCACAUUGAUCAUGUUAGUCCCGUGGAGCCAUCGUUUGCGCAAGGCCGACUGUGGUUCCUAGAGCAACUGUAUCCUGGCUUGAACUGGUACCUCGUGCCGUUUGCAGUGCGCAUCAGGGGCCCGCUUCAGCUCACAGCACUUAACACCGCCGUUCACGCAAUCGAGAGUCGCCACGAGACGCUCCGGACAACGUUCGCCACUGAUGGCGGCGUCAGUGUGCAGAUUGUUCAGCCCUUCUGCGCCAAAGAGCUCAAUGUCAUCGACAUUCUCUCAGGCGAUAAACAGGGUCUUGCGGAUGCUGUGCAGAAGGACCAGACAACUCCCUUCGACCUGCACACGGAGCCUGGAUGGCGAGUAUCCGUCUACCGAGUCAAUGAAGACGAUCACGCACUGUCCAUUGUGAUGCAUCACAUCGUCUCUGACGGCUGGUCUGUCGCUGUGCUUAUGCGUGAACUGGCUGCGUUCUACUCCGCCGCGUUGCGCAGCCAGGACCCACUAUCCCAGUUUCAACCGCUUCCCAUUCAGUACCGUGACUUCUCUGUGUGGCAGAGACAACAAGUCCAGGUCGACGAGCACCAGAGACAGCUCAGCUACUGGCUGACCCGGCUCCAAGGAAGCCGACCGGCAGAGCUGAUCUGCGACAAGCCUAGACCCGCGACUCUAUCUGGCAAAGCCGAUAUUCGAACGCUAGAUAUCAGCGGCCGGCUGUACGCAGAGCUGCAGGGGUUCUGCAACGCGCAUGGGGUGACGCUAUUCGUGGUUCUACUCUCUGCCUUUAGAGCUACGCACUUCCGCCUUACAGGCCAGGAUGAUGCCACCAUUGGCACUGCAAAUGCAAAUCGGGAUCGGUGGGAGGUUAAAGACAUUAUUGGAUUCUUUGUUAAUAUGCAGUGCCUUCGGAUUACAGUUAACGACGAGAGUUUCGAAGAACUUGUUCAACAGGUCCACGAGAUGGCGGUUGCAUCGCUUGCUAACCAGGACGUGCCGUUCGAGAGCAUUGUCUCGCAGCUUAAGCAGGACAGAGACCUGUCUCGUCACCCACUCGUCCAGCUCGUCUUUGCGGUGCACUCUCAGCAAAACCUGGGACAACUGGUACUAGAAGGCUUGGAUACAGAAGGCAUGCAUGGCGCAGCAACAUCUAGGUUCGACCUUGAGUUCCAUUUCUAUCCUCAGACAAAUGGCCUCCAGGGUAAUGUUGUCUUCUCAACAGACCUCUAUGCGCCCGAGACAAUUGACAACAUGCUGUCGCUCUUCCACAGCGUCCUCCAGGGGUGCCUGAGGGACCCGAAGGCAGAGGUUGCAUCCUUGCCGUUGUUAACUGACAGCGACUUCGCCAAGCUUGAUGCGAUGGGGCUAGUUAGGGUCGAGCAGACCAACUACCCGCGCGAGUCGAGCGUUAUUGACCUCUUCCGUCAGCAAGUCUCUGCUUAUCCGUCCAGGGUCGCCGUCACAGACGCUUCAGCGGAAAUGAGCUACGCUGAGCUAGAUAGGGGAUCAGAUCUCGUUGCUCGGUGGCUGGUACACCGCUCGUUCCCCCCUGAGAGUCUGGUUGGUGUACUCACAAGUCGAAGCUGCCAGACCAUAGCCGCGUUCCUGGGCAUUCUGAAGGCCAACCUGGCGUACCUACCGUUUGAUGUCAAAAUACCAGGGAAGCGCAUGGAAGCUAUCCUUUCUUCCCUUCCAGGACAGAGGGUCAUCUUGCUUGGAUCUGACGUGCAGCCUCCGGAGGUCAAGGUGAAGAACGUCGAGUUCGUCCGCAUCAGCGAAGUCCUGAACGAGCAGGCUAACGAUGAGUCUUCGGAGUGUAAAUCUGCUACAAUGUUCGGGCCGUCAGCUAACAGCCUUGCAUAUGUCAUGUUUACCUCGGGAUCGACAGGACAGCCCAAGGGGGUAAUGAUAGAGCAUCGCGGCAUUGUGCGUCUGGUUAGAGACAACAACCUCGUACAGCAUUUACCAGCAUCACGAGUCAUGGCACACGUGACAAAUCUUGCUUUCGACGUCUCGACAUGGGAGAUUUAUGCCUGUCUCUUGAACGGCGGAACGCUCGUCUGCAUUGACGCAAUGGCAGUGCUUGACCCACAGGCUAUGGUUCAGAUAUUCAAUCAACGCGCCAUUCGGAUGGCCGUGUUCACACCAACCUUGUUUAGACAGUUCACUCUAGAGUCUCCUGCGAUAUUCACCUCAGUCCAAAUGCUUUGUGUGGGAGGUGAAGCAAUGUACCCGCGGGACUACUUUGCAGCAGAAACGAUCCUCACGGGUAAGCUUAUUAACUGCUAUGGUCCGACAGAGAACACAGGCAUUAGCGCGACCUUUGUCCUGCAAAAGAAAGAACAGUUCUCCAACGGUGUGCCUAUCGGCCGAGCGCUAAGCAAUUCGGGCGCCUAUGUCAUGGAUCCGAAGCUACAACUCGUGCCACUCGGAGUCAUCGGAGAGCUCAUUGUCACGGGUGACGGUCUGGCACGAGGAUACACUGAACCCCAGCGAGAUAUCAAUAGGUUUGUUACUGUAACAGUCGCUGGUGAGACAGUGAGGGCCUAUCGGACAGGUGAUUACGUCCGCCAUCGCCCUACAGACGGUCUUCUGGAGUUCUUCGGUCGGAUGGAUGGACAAAUCAAGAUCCGGGGAAACCGUGUCGAGCUGGGAGAAAUCGAGCAUGCCCUCCGCAGCCACGGCUCUGUAAGCGAUGCAGUGACGGUGCUGCAACAGGACGAUGAUGAUGAAGUCCAGCUCACAGGGUUUGUCACUAUCCAUGAAGAUGAUGCGCUGGCCGGUGAAACUGGUGCUGCCCCUGAAUCGCAGCAUGUCGAAGCAUGGGAAGAGCAGUUCGAUGUCGAUGUCUACUCUUCGAUCUACAACGUUCGACCCGGGACUACUGGACGCGACUUCAUCGGAUGGACGUCUAUGUACGACGGUACGGAUAUAGACAAGGUAGAGAUGAACGAGUGGUUAGACGACACCAUUGCCACGCUGCUCAACGGCCAGGAGCCUGGGCACGUUCUAGAGAUUGGAUCAGGCACCGGUAUGGUCCUCUUCAACCUGGGCAAGGGCCUGCAGAGCUAUGUCGGUCUUGAGCCAUCUCAAAAGGCUGUCGACUUCAUCAUGGCAACUGUCAAGUCCAUGCCUGCACUGGCAGGAAGGGUGCACAUGUAUAAAGCCACAGCAGCGGAUGUUAGCCAGCUGGAACGGCCAAUUACUGCCAACCUUGUGGUCCUAAACUCAGUUGUGCAAUACUUCCCCAGCCAGGACUAUCUUUUUAAGCUCAUCCAGGACCUGCUAGCGCUUGAAGGCGUGCGUACCCUCUUCUUUGGCGACAUCCGGUCGCACGCGCUGUACCGCGAGUUCCUAGCUACCCGAGCGCUACGAAUGGCCGGCGACAAGGCCGCAAAGGUUGACAUUCUACGCAUGAUGGCCGAUAUGGAGCGAGUCGAACGGGAGCUGCUGGUUGACCCAGCGUUUUUCACCGCCCUGCCAAGUCGCUUGCCAGGGGUCGUCGAGUACGUCGAGAUUCUGCCCAAAAAGAUGAAAGCGACCAACGAGCUUAGCUGUUAUCGAUACGCAGUGGCGGUCCACAUCAGGACCCGAGGCCAGCCAGAGCAUGGCAUCCACUACGUUGAACAAGACAGAUGGGUCGACUUUGCAGAGCGCAAACUAGAUCGCCGGUCUCUCCUAGAGCACCUGCACAGCUCCUCCACCUCACCUCUAAUCGCUGUGAGCAAUAUCCCUCACAGCAAGACUAUUGCUAGUCGCUGCCUUAUCGCCUCUCUGAACGAUGCGGCAUUGGAGACAACAGCUCAACAGGACUGGCUCUCCUCUGUGUACAAGGAAGCACAACUUGUCCCCGCCCUUUCUGCCACCGACUUGGUUGACAUUGCCAAAGAAGCCGGCUACCAGGUCGAGAUUAGCUGGAGCAGACAGCACUCACAGAAGGGUGGUCUGGACGCCGUCUUCCACCGGUAUCAGCCGCAAGAUGGAGGGAAGCGGGUGAUGUUCCGGUUCCCUAGCGAUGACGUGGAUCGACCGCUGCAGAGUCUCAGCAGCAGGCCGUUGCGGCACCAAUUCCUGCAGACCACCCAACAACAGUUGCACGAGAUGCUUGAGGCCCAGCUGCCUGCUUAUAUGGUCCCUCAGAGCAUUACAGUCCUGCGGGCAAUGCCGAUCAACCAGAACGGCAAGGUCGACCGCAAGAUGCUCGCGCAACGACGGGGAAAAGAAACAUUUAAUAGAGGGAUCGUGCGGCAGCAAGAACUGUCAACGGUACAAAGCACGCUACAGCAACUGUGGGGUCGCGUGCUGGGCAUCGAGGCGCAGACAAUUGGGCUAAACGACAGCUUCUUCCGCCUCGGCGGCGACUCGAUCGUGGCUAUGAAGCUAGUCGGCGAAGCUCGCAGGAUGGGAAUGCACCUGAGUGUUGCUCACAUCUUCCGCCACCCGCAGCUGGACCAGUUAGCCUCUGCAGUCAUUGCAUCAACACAAAACUCCCUUACCACUAUCCCGCACGUUGAUCAAGUUGCUCCUGUCAAGCAAUCGUUCGCCCAAGGCCGUUUGUGGUUCCUGGAAGAACUCCACCCUGGUCUGACCUGGUAUCUCAUGCCACUUGCACUGCGUCUCACGGGCCCCCUCCAGCUUACAGCACUGAACGCCGCUAUCCAUGCAAUCGAAAGCCGCCAUGAAACCCUACGUACAACAUUCGCUACUGAUGGAGGUGUCAGUAUGCAGAUUGUUCAGCCCUUCCGCGCUAAAGAGCUCAACGUCAUUGACGUUCUCCCAGGCAAUGAACAGCAUCUGACGGAUGCUGUGCAACAGGACCAGACAACUCCCUUCGAUCUACGCACUGAGCCUGGAUGGAGAGUAUCAGUCUACCGAGUCCACAAAAAUGAUCACUUGCUCUCCAUCGUCAUGCAUCACAUCGUGUCCGACGGCUGGUCUGUCGAUGUGCUUAUGCGCGAACUGGCUGUGUUCUACUCCGCCGCGUUGCGCAGCCAGGACCCACUAUCCCAGGUUCAACCUCUGCCUAUACAGUACCGCGACUUCUCUGUGUGGCAGAGACAACAAGCCCAAGUCGACGAGCACCAGAGACAGCUCAGCUACUGGCUGACGCAACUCCAGGAAAGCCGACCGGCAGAGCUGCUCUGCGACAAGCCCAGACCCUCGACUCUUUCUGGCAAGGCUGAUAUUCGAACUGUAGAGAUUAGCGGUCGUCUGUAUGCGGAGCUGCAACAGUUCUGCGAAGCGCACGAGGUGACGCUGUUCGUGGCUCUGCUCGCUGCCUUUAGAGCUACACACUUCCGCCUUACAGGCCAGGAUGAUGCCACCAUUGGCACUGCAAAUGCAAAUCGGGACCGGUGGGAGGUUAAAGACAUUAUUGGAUUCUUUGUUAACAUGCAGUGCCUUCGGAUCACGAUUAAUGACGAGAGUUUUGAAGAGCUAGUUCAGCAGGUUCACGCUGUAACAGUUGCAUCGCUUGCCAACCAGGACGUGCCGUUUGAGAGCAUUGUCUCGCAGCUUAAGCAGGACAGAGACCUUUCUCGUCAUCCACUUGUCCAGGUUGUCUUUGCGGUGCACUCGCAGCGAAACCUAGGACAACUAAUGUUAGAAGGCGUGGAAACAGAGGGCAUGCAUAGCGCAGCAACCUCUAGGUUCGACCUUGAGUUCCAUUUCUAUCCUCAGACAAAUGGCCUCCAGGGUAAUGUUGUCUUCUCAACGGACCUCUAUGCGCCCGAGACAAUCGACAAUAUGCUGUCGCUCUUCCACAGCGUCCUCCAGGGGUGCCUGGGAGACCCGAAGGCGGUGGUUGCAUCCUUGCCGUUGUUAACUAAUAGCGACUUCGCCAAGCUCGAUGCGAUGGGGCUAGUUCAGGUCGAGCAGACCAAUUACCCGCGCGAGUCGAGUGUUGUCGACCUCUUCCGUCAGCAAGUCUCUGCUUAUCCGUCCAGGACCGCUGUCAUAGACGCCUCAGCGGAAAUGAGCUACGCUGAGCUGGACAGAGCAUCAGAUCUUCUUGCUCGGUGGCUUGUACAUCGUUCGUUCCCCCCUGAGAGUCUGGUUGGCUUGCUCGCAAGCCGAAGCUGCCAGACCAUAACCGCGUUCUUGGGCAUUCUGAAGGCCAACCUGGCAUACCUACCGUUUGAUGUCAAAAUACCAGGAAAGCGCAUGGAAGUUAUCCUUUCUUCCCUUCCAGGCCAAAGGAUCAUCUUGCUUGGAUCUGAUGUGCAGCCUCCGGAGGUGAAGCUGAGCAACGUCGAGUUUGUCCGCAUUGGCGAAGUCCUGAACGAGCAGGCCAAUGAUGAGUCUUCGGGUUGUAAUUCUGCUACAAUGGUCGGGCCGUCAGCUACCAGCCUUGCAUAUGUCAUGUUUACCUCGGGGUCGACGGGACAGCCCAAGGGGGUGAUGGUAGAGCAUCGCGGCAUUGUACGCCUAGUUAGAGACAACAACCUAGUGCAGUACCUACCAGGAUCGCGAGUCAUGGCGCAUAUGACAAAUCUUGCCUUCGAUGUCUCGACUUGGGAGAUUUAUGCCUCUCUCUUGAACGGCGGAACGCUCGUCUGCAUUGACGCAAUGGUAGUACUUGACCUAGAGGCUAUGGUUCAGAUAUUCAGUCAACAUGCCAUUAGGAUGGCUGUGCUCACACCAGCGUUGUUUAGACAGUACACUCUAGAGUCUUCUACCAUAUUUGUCGCAGUCGAAAUGCUUUGUGUUGGGGGUGAAGCAUUGUAUCCGCGGGACUACGUUGCGGCUGAAAGUCUCCUUAAGGGUAAGCUUAUCAACUGCUAUGGUCCAACAGAGAACACAACCUUCAGCACACUUUUUGUCCUGCACAAGGCGGAGCAGUUCACCAACGGUGUGCCUAUUGGCCGAGCGCUAAGCAACUCGGGUGCCUACGUCAUGGAUCCGGAGCUGCGUCUCGUGCCACUUGGGGUUAUGGGAGAACUUGUGGCCACGGGUGACGGUCUGGCACGAGGAUACACUGACCCUCAGCACAACAUCAAUAGGUUUGUUACAGUCACAGUCGCUGGCCAGACAGUGAGGGCCUAUCGAACAGGUGAUUACGUCCGCCAUCGCCCUACAGACGGUCUUCUGGAGUUCUUUGGUCGGAUGGAUGGACAGAUUAAGAUCCGGGGAAACCGUGUCGAGCUGGGAGAGGUCGAGCACGUCCUCCGCAGCCACCGCUCUGUCAGCGAUGCAGCGACUGUGCUGCAACAGCACGAUGGUGACGAGGUCCAGCUCACGGGCUUCGUCACUAUCCAUGAAGGGGAUGCACUGGUUGAUGAACAGGCUGGCACUGGCUCUGAAUCGCGGCACGUCGACACAUGGGAGGAGCAGUUCGAUGCCGAGAUCUACUCGCCAAUCCACAAAGUUCGGCACGAGAUCAUUGGACGCGACUUCAUCGGAUGGACGUCUAUGUACGACGGUACAGAUAUAGACAAGGCAGAGAUGAACGAGUGGCUAGACGACACCAUCGCCACGCUACUCAACGGUCAGGAGCCUGGGCACGUUCUAGAGAUUGGAUCUGGCACCGGUAUGGUCCUCUUCAACGUGUGCAAGGGACUGCAGAGCUAUGUCGGUCUUGAGCCAUCUCAAAAGGCUGUCGACUUCAUCACAGCAACUGUCAAGUCCAUGCCUGCACUGGCAGGAAGGGUGCACAUGUAUAAAGCCACAGCAGCAGACAUUGGCCAACUGGAAAGGCCAAUCGCUGCCAAUCUUGUCGUCAUGAACUCAGUUGUGCAGUACUUCCCCAGCCAGGACUAUCUUUUCAAGCUUAUCCAGGACCUGCUUACGCUUAAAGGCGUGCGUACCCUCUUCUUUGGCGACAUCCGGUCGUACGCGCUCUACCGCGAGUUCCUGGCCACCCGAGCGCUACGCAUGGCCGGUGGCAAGGCCGCAAAGGCCGACAUUCUACGCAUGAUGGCUGACAUGGAGCGCGUCGAGCGAGAGCUGCUGGUCGACCCAGCGUUUUUCACCGCCUUACCAAGUCGCUUGCCAGGACUAGUCGAGCACGUCGAGAUCAUGCCCAAAAAGAUGAAAGUGACCAACGAGCUUAGCUGCUAUCGAUACGCAGUCGUGGUCCAUGUUAGGACCCGAGGCCAGCCAGAGCAUGACAUUCAUCACAUUGAACAAGACAGAUGGAUCGACUUUGUGGAGCGCAAAUUAGACCGCCAAUCUCUUUUAGAGCACCUACACAGUUCCUCUACCUCACCUCUAAUCGCGGUGAGCAAUAUCCCUCACAGCAAGACUAUUGUAAGCCGCUGCCUUGUCGACUCGCUGGACAAUGCGGCAACAGAGACAACAGCUCAGCUGGACUGGCUCUCCUCUGUGUACAAGGAAGCGAAGCAUGUCCCCGCCCUUUCUGCCACUGACUUGGUUGACCUUGCCGAAGAAGCUGGCUACCAGGUUGAGAUCAGCUGGAGCAGGCAGUACUCGUGGAAAGGUGGUCUUGACGCCGUCUUCCACCGGUAUCAGCCGCACGAUGGAGGGAAGCGGGUGAUGUUCCGGUUCCCUAGCGAUGACGUGGGUCGACCGCUGCAGAGUCUCAGCAGCAGGCCUUUACGGCACCAAUUCCUGCAGAAAACCCAACAACAGCUGUACGACAUGCUUGAGGCCCAGCUGCCUGCGUACAUGGUUCCCCAGACAAUCUCUAUCCUAGAGGCAAUGCCGGUCAAUCAAAACGGCAAGGUUGACCGCAAGAUACUAGCACGACGACGACAAAAAAUGACAUCCAAUCGAGGGAUCGUGCAGCAGCCGACCUCAAAGGCGGAGAAGACGAUGCAGCAGCUAUGGGCUCGCGUGCUGAACAUCGAUCCGCAGAGCAUCGGCCUGGACGACAGCUUCUUCCACCUCGGCGGUGACUCGAUCGCGGCCAUGAAGCUAGUCGGUGAGGCUGGACAUCAAGGGAUCCGACUCACUAUAGCGGAUGUGUUCCGACAGCCUAGUCUUAACCAUUUAGUACGCGUUUGUCGGGCAUCCACUAAGCUCGUUCAAUCAAUCCUUCCCUUUUCCCUGCUCUCGCCUGAAACCAAAGAGCAAAUUCUUUCAUCCCCCGAAUUUUCCAACACAGGUAUACAACGCGAUAAUUUAGUCGACAUUCUUCCUGCCACCUGCGCACAACAGAAUUUCAUCACUCAAGGCAUACAAAAUCCUCGCGUAGCCUUCAAUUACCUUUUCCUCGAUAUAGGGCCGCAGUUGGAUGUGAACCUCCUCAAAGACAGCUGUCGGAAGCUUGCCGACCAUUUCCCGAUACUCCGUACCCGGUUUGCUCACGCUCGAGGACAGUUAUGGCAGCUUGUUAUUCGCGACGUUGGAUCACUAUUCACAACGUUCAACGUGAUAGGAUCCUUGUCAGAAGAAUCGCAUGCGAUCUUCUUGCGGGGCUUGGAACACUGCGAUCCACUUGGCCUUCCAACUUCUUUCAUUCUCGUGCGUAAUAAGUCCCAGGAGAAUCGGUUCAUCUUGCGUCUUUCUCAUGCUCAGUAUGACGGUGUUUGUCUUCCAAUCAUAUUGCGAACGCUUGUGUCUAUCUACCAGCAACAACCCCUGCCGCCCACUAUUAGCUUUCCAACCUAUCUUGCACAUGCUCGUGAUCAACGAACGACGUCAGGUCGCUACUGGCGAGAACUUCUCCGCAACUCCAGCCACACUAGAGCUACUGCGAAGCUUCUCCCUAAGGCGCCAGAGGAUGCUACCCCUCGUUUGGUCAGGGUUGGGAAAUCCAUCUUCGCUCCUCGGCUUCCUGAGCACCUUACAAUAGCAUCCCUAGUUAGUUCCGCCUGGGCUUUAGUCCUCUCAAACAUCACUGGCGAAGAUGACAUUAUUUAUGGACAUGUGGUUGCUGGUCGCAAUGCAGACAUUCCUGGUGUCACAGAAAUAGUCGGGCCUUGCUUGAACAUAGUUCCAGUCAGGGCUUUUACACCCCACACAAGAACUUCUCAAGAACUCAUCCACUCUAUCCAAGAGCAACAUAUCUCACUUGGACAAUCGGACUCCAUGGGAUGGGAUGAAAUUAUGAAAGAAUGUACUGACUGGCCUGCUGAGUCGGCGUUAGACUCGGUGAUCCAGCAUCAGAACAUCGAUGUGGAGUUUGAAACCCGCAUCGCAGGGGAAACCGCGAAGGUACAAUGGUUUAACAAUCCUUUCGGGGUGCCAUCUUAUCUGAGUGUCUGGUCGCAACCACAAGGCGAUAAACUCAAGAUUAUGGUCGCUGGCAACACUCAUAUAUUAGCAGCCGAAAUGGCACAUCCGCUACUUGAUAUGCUAGUCGAAACAAUCACAACGCUUUCAACCAACUUACAAUCGCCGCUUGCCUCAUGCAAGUCCUUUCUACCAGCAUUCAAGUCAAAGGACCAAUAACGAACUCAGUGCAACGGAAAUUGUACAGAACACUUGCUAUGAAGCACAAAUUCAUUUAUUCCAAUCAUGUGUCCUUAGUCUUUUUAUUCAUCCUCUGUUCCUUCGAUCUUGCUUUUGAUAAUUUAGCAUAUACCUGUAGACAUUUGUUGCUUUGCCGAACAUAUCUGACGGUAAACGCAAUGAAAAUCGUCCUGUUAUCUCUAAGGAAUGGCAUAUCACUUUGCGCUGAGAAUACAAUCCUGGGAGAUGAGCCACGUUAAACGCAGGCUGUGCUGAUUUGUAAUAUGAGGGUUUUUGGGGUUUAUCUUUAUUCGAGCUGACGUGGGGGAAUUCUCCUCGCGCCGUUUACAUCACGCAUACGAAACGU